AUGUUCUCCGGUGAAGAGUGCUUUUUAGCCUCCCAUGAGUGGCAUGAUAAGAUGCGACAGCAAUACACAUCCGACUUGCCCCCAGAAGUGCACAACAGCAUCGAAGUAUUUAUUACAUAUUUCACAUAUGCUCCGAGUCUUGUGCAUAAGCUCUAUAGUUUGAAGCAUGUCGACGCCACAAGUGCCGAAGCUCUCCAAACAGUCUCAGAGGUCACACCCAAAGCCCUCGAAAUGCAGAUGAAACUGGCUAUAUGGCAUGGGCAAUUUUCUCAAAUUGUACCACCGCCAAUUGAAACUAUGUCCUCAAUUGGGGAUGAACUCUAUCCGAUUAUCCUCACAUAUACAGACGUGAGCUAUGCGACGAUCUACUGCAGUUACUAUUCUUACAUGGUAAUCAUUCAUGAAAUUUUGAAAACUUGUGGCUAUCCCGGUGAGCAUGAAGCCAUGGUUGCCUAUUUCAGAGACCAAAUUUGCAAGUCAGUCGAAUACAACAGUGUGGGAGUGAUGGGUCCAUACCGAAUGGGUUUUCCUCUCCGCGUGGCAUUCGAAGUUGCAGAUCCAGUGACAAGCUCUUGGAUUCUGAACCGGCUUGGACAAUUUUCAAAGAUCUACGCAGCCGCCCAACCAGCAAACUAUCGUACUGUCCUAUGA